CUUACCUAGCUCAGCCUCUAAGCCCUCGUUUCUCUCUCACUUCCUCUCCUCACUCUGUUAAACUAUCCAUACCUACACGUAAAACCUAUUCUUCUCUCUCUAACUACUCCGAACAAGCGCGACAAUGGCAAGCACUGAGCCCGAUCACGAUCACAGAGAAGACGAUGAUGCCCCUGCAGCCGAGGACGAGGACACUGGAGCUCAUGUCGCUCCGAUUGUCAAGUUAGAGGAGGUCGCCGUCAACACCGGUGAAGAGAACGAAGAUCCCAUUCUCGAUCUGAAAUCCAAGCUCUAUCGAUUCGAUAAGGAUGGGAACCAGUGGAAGGAGAGAGGCGCUGGUACAGUUAAGUUGUUAAAGCACAAGGAGACAGGAAAGGUACGCCUUGUUAUGAGGCAAUCUAAGACUCUCAAGAUCUGCGCCAAUCACCUCGUACUUCCAUCGAUGUCAGUGCAGGAGCACGCUGGAAAUGACAAGUCGUGUGUGUGGCACGCUGCUGAUUUCGCUGAUGGUGAAUUGAAGGAUGAACUUUUUUGCAUCCGUUUUGCAUCAGUUGAGAAUUGCAAGACAUUUAUGGAAACGUUUCAAGAAGUAGCUGAAUCCCAAAAACCAAAAGAGGAAAAUAAAGAUGCAACUGCUGCUGCUGAUGCCCUUGGGAAGUUGAGCGUUGAAGAAAAGAAAACUAAGGAGACUGCUGGUGAAAAGGUGCCAGCUGCAGCUGAGGAGGCAAAGAAGACUGAUGCAGAGGAUAAAGUUAAGGAGCCUCCUUCCUCAACUUGAGAAUAUUGGUUCAUACUUGGAAAUAUAAUGAGACUGGUUGUCUACCUAUUUCUCGCGCCAUUUGUGGUUUGUUCACGUAGAUGUAGCUGAUAUUUGGACUCGGUUUGAGGGUGGGAAUGGUGUUGGGUCCAUGCAUUCUGCAUUUUUAGUCUGUCUGCAUUAUUCAGAACUUUGGGUCAUUUGCAUGUUGAGGCUUACUAUCUGGAAAGGAUUAGUUCUACUAGGAUUUUGCGGUAAAACUUUUUAUUUAAUUGAUGCCGAGUCAAAUGCGCUGCGGGAUGGAAAAGGGGGGAAGAAGAAAAGAAUAGUUUUGCUGGGUUAUAAGUUCCUGGAUUGUGUAGAGUCUGGAUUGGUGCUUGGGUUUACUGAAAUUUGUGUGCUAUUGUCAAUCAUUUUUUUUUCUGUUGCAA